AUGUCUAGAAGCAUCAGUGCACCAAACAGCUCUAUAGAGAAGCAAAAAGAUAUGGAAACAGACCAAGAUCUUGAAAACAGACUGAGUGAAGCAAUUCUAACGGAGCAUAUUCUGCUUGAGGGAAUUCCGCUUUUGGAACGACCAUCAUUACCACGAGUGCCAUAUAACAAGACCACGCUGAGAAUAACUAAUGCAAUGAAUAAUGUUCUUAAAGAUCACUUGGACUUAAUUGAUGGCCUCAAAGAUAUUUCUCAUUGGAUGUAUAUUGCUGCCAAGUCAGUUAUAAUGGAGCUUGGUAUAAAAAUAGAAGACAAAAUAAAACUUCCAGCUGUCAUCCAGGCAUAUCUUUUUGCAACAAAAUUAGAAACAGAUAAGACGGGAUACUUAGGAAGAAUUCAACAGUAUUGGCAAGAACUAUAUCCACAGAUGGCUAUGAGUUCACAAAGGAUAAGUGACCAAGUUAGAGUGAUCUGUUCAAGAAAAUUUCUAUCUGAAGUGGAAACAGAAAACAUCAAAAUAAUGGUAUCUGAACGAUUAGGAAUGGUACAAAUUGAAAAUGAAGAGCAGCCAACAGAACCUCUUCUAGAAAGAUCGAUGGCAAUAGAGGCAGCUCCUCCAGAAGAAGACAAAGACAUUGACAAACUAAUGGAAUCAUUAUUAUCCCAGCAUGUGAUUUAUGAGAGGAUACCGCUUGAUGUUAGACCAAUCCUCUCAAAGAUUCACUAUAGCUUCAAAUCACGUUUGACUGUGAAUCAGGUUAAUGAGGCUCUGAGUAGAGUUAUUGUAGAUUACCCAGAAAUGACUGUCGAAGCUGUUUGUCAUUGGGCCUAUGUUGCAGCUAGUGUUACUACAUAUACACAUAAAGAUGAAAAUAAUAGGUGGAUCAUAAAACCAUAUGAUGAUGAAUUAGAUGUUGAUACUAUAGAAUUAGUUCAUCAUGGUGACUUAGUUCGUCUAGAGCAUGUUCCUACUGGGAGAAAUUUACAUUCACAUAAAGAACCAGCACCGAUAACUAAAAAACAUCUUCAAGUCACCGGCUAUGGGGAAAAUGGAACUGGUGAUCCAAAUGACAUAUGGAAAAUACAAAUAGUUAAUGGAAAAGAUGGUGAUAUUGUGACUACUGUAACUGCCCAGUUGAAAUUGGUCCAUUAUUUAAAACACUGUGUUUUAACAACCACAGGAAAACAACUUCCAACAUGGGCAUAUGAGCAACAAGAGCUCCCGCCUUCAGACCUUCAGUGUCCGCCUCCAGAUCCUCAAGUUGUGCCUACAGAACUUCAAGCUCCGCCUUCAGUACCUGAGGAGACACUCACUGAUCCUCCUAACGUAAUUCCUCCAGAACAGGUUCUACGUCUAUCAAGUAGACCUACCAAGCUGCCUGCACAUUUUCCCGAUUAUGUAAUGGAAUGA